GGCUGGGACGUGGUGGAUCACUGGGUAGAGUCGUCCUGACCCUGCUGCCUUGACCCAACCCACGGGCUUCUCCCCUCCCUCUCGUCUCGGCUCCUCUCCUCCCAAAUCCUCCAAAUCCAACGCGAUUCCUUCGAGCUGGCGCCGCCGUCUUCUCGAUCGGCCCCCACGCACCCGUAGCUCGGCUCGCGUUCUGGUGAAAAGAGAAGAAGCAAGCUUUCGAUUCCGAGAGUUGGAAAUGGAGAUCCAGUCGAGCCGGUCCAUCGAUGUGCUGAUGGAGAAGGUGCUGUCCGUGAACAUCCUCUCCUCGGACUACUUCAAGGAGCUCUACAGGUUCAAGACCUACCACGAGGUCGUCGACGAGAUCUACCACCAGGUCGACCACGUCGAGCCCUGGAUGACCGGCAACUGCCGCGGCCCCUCCAGCGCCUUCUGCCUCCUCUACAAGUUCUUCACCAUGAAGCUCACCGUCAAUCAGAUGCACGGGCUGCUCAAGCACCCGGACUCUCCUUACAUCAGAGCUAUCGGAUUUCUCUACCUGCGAUAUGUUGCAGAACCUAAGACACUAUGGACGUGGUAUGGGCCCUACGUUAAAGAUGAUGAGGAGUUCUCCCCUGGAUCAAAUGGUAAAAUGACUACAAUGGGUGUUUAUGUGCGUGAUCUACUCCUUGGUCAGUACUAUUUCGACAGCAUUCUUCCACGAGUGCCUCUCCCAAUUCUGCGUCAGGUCACUGUCCAUCUUGAGAAAUUGAAGCUCCCAACAAAGCAAUCAGGGAUGACCGGAGAUUCUAAUAGGCAUGAGUCAAAUGAUACUGCCCGAAGGCCUCCUUCUGUAAAAGCUUCGUUGUCUGUCUCUUUUGGUCAGCGUGCUCCACACCGUGCAUCCACGAGGGAUUCGUCCCCAGUCCGAAGGACAUUACCUUCCAAGCAGGAGAGGGAAAGAAGUUAUGAUGGUGAUCAUGCAAGAUCAUCACCAAGGAAGCGCCGAAGUCGGAGUCAUGAGCGUGAUCAUGAUUCUGAGAGGGACCGUUCAGAUCGUGAUCGUGGUCGGUACAAAGAUAAGGAGCAUGAUCGACACGCUCGUGAUCACAGAAACCAGGAUCACCAUCGGUCCAGUUAUUCAGACAGGGAUGGUGAGAGGCGAGUUCGUGAAAGGAGGGACAGGGAUUCUGAUCGAAAUGGACGUUCAAGCACCCGCAGAAGCAGGAGCAGAAGUCCGGUUCAUGGAAGAACUGAGAGUGAUAAACAUCGCUCGAGCCCAUUUGGUAAGGCACCAGAACCAUCCAACUUGGCAAAGCUGAAGGAUCUGUAUGGUGAUGCAGCAAACACAAAGAAUGAUGCGGAUGACGAUAGAGCUCACAGGGGUUCUGGAACCGAAGAGGUAAUCAGACUGGGAGCCACAAGGUGGAGGUGAAUGUCAAAAGAAACACCGCGAGACUGCAUCUAAGCCCAUUUAUUCUUGUUGUACUAACAUCAAUAUGCAGUGUCAGAGAUUGAGAGAUGACACGAGAAAUGGUGGGAUCCUUCUCCCUGAAAAACUGCUAUUCCAAUGGAGAGAUAUCUAGAGGGAGAAGUGCUCAUUUGCUGAAAUUAAGUGGGCUGGCAUGUGUUGGUUUUCGAAUUAUGGAAUAUAUUAUUUAACCAGCUUAAAGAAUUAGUGUUACUAUUAAUAAAUGAUUUGACUUGGAUGGCCUA